AAAUGUUUUUUUGUGUGGUUUUCACUCUCUCUCUGCUCACUCACAGGCAUCACCACCGCCACCACGUCCACUGCCAGCAGCACUUCAUCACUUCUGUACAGAGAGAUUUUAGAGAGGGAGGAGAGAGAUUUUGCCUUUUCUUCUUGGCCUUUGUUCCAAUCUGAUAUUUUCUUUUUGCAGUGAUUGCUGCUUUUAUUGUUAACGUUAUUGUCUUCAGCUGAGUGGUUCAGAUUUACAAAUGGAAAACUGGGUUGUCAUCAGAUUUAAUGGCGGUUGGUGUUCAUGAGGAAAAAAUCCACCCGAAUUAGCAACAAGAAAGCUUGAUGGGAAGUACUUUUUGUUAGGAACAAAACGGAUCCAAACUUUAUUCUUGUUGGUGGUUUAUGGGAGUAUUUCUGGUUUCCUAAGCUUUUUGUUUGAUUUCAUCAGAAGGGUCAUCGAGAAAUCUUCAAAAACUAGACUAUUUUUUUUUUCGUUAGCUUCAGCUUCGAGCUUUUAUGGAAGAAAAUUGAAGAAAAACUGAGAGAAGCAGAUGGAGUCAGAUCUUCAACGACAACACCAUAAUUUUGAUAACCGUCAAAACCAACAUCACCAAAACCAGAUGAACUCCGGCUUGACGAGGUACCGUUCGGCCCCAAGCUCGUAUUUCUCAAGCAUCAUUGACAGGGAAUUUUGCGAACAAUUCUUCAACCGGCCUUCGAGCCCCGAAACAGAGCGAAUUUUCGCUCGUUUCAUGACCAGUGGUGGUACAGAUGACGAUGCAUUAGAAGUGGAGGCAAAAGAGGUAAAUAGGCAGCAGUUGCCACAGUUUAUGGCACCAGUGAACACCGAAGCAGCAGGGGUUCUUCAGCAGCAGAACAAUUAUGUUUCUGCUUCUCAUGAUUUUUACCAAAGCCCAUCACGGCAGCCUUUACCGAAUCAAGGCUUGAAUUCAAGUGUGGAUGCUGGGUCUUAUCCCAUGGGGAUGGAUCGAAUUUUGCCUCAGAUGAAGACGGGUGUUGGUAAUAAUUCAAGUCUUGUCCGGCAUAGUAGCUUACCGGUCGGAUCGUUCUCCCACAUCAAUGUUGAAAACAGCUUUGCUGCAAUGAGAGGGACGGGAAAUUUUGGAACAGCUAGGAGCACUAAUGAAGACGCAUCUUUUUCUUCUGCUAGCCGGUUGAAGAAUUACUCAUCAGGGCCACCUUCUUCAGCUGGGAAAAUGAGUCCAAUUGCCGAAAUUGAUGACAAAAAUAUGGUGGCACACAAUUCAGAUGGUGGGAAUUUUGGUGAAGGUCGUGGGGACGACUAUGUCACAGGUUUCCCAAUUGUUUCUUGGGAUGACUCUGCCAUGAUGUCUGAUAACAUCACUGGCCUAAAAAGAGUUAGAGAUGAUGAUGCAAAGACAUUUUCAAACCUGAAAGUGUCCGAAACUCAGAAUAUGGAGUCUGGAAAUCGUCCUCCUACCGGUUUGGCUCAUCACUUGAGCUUGCCAAAAACUGCAGCAGAGAUGGCUGCCCUUGAAAAGUUCUUGCAGUUCCAAGAUUCUGUUCCUUGUAAAAUUCGAGCUAAGCGUGGCUUUGCCACUCACCCACGAAGCAUUGCCGAGAGGGUGAGAAGAACCCGAAUCAGCGAACGGAUGAGGAAGCUACAAGAUCUUGUCCCUAACAUGGACAAGCAAACAAACACAGCAGACAUGUUAGAAUUAGCUGUCGAGUACAUUAAAGACCUUCAAAAACAAGUGCAGACACUUUCUGAUAACCGCGCAAGGUGUACGUGUUCAAACAAGCAGCAGCCAUAGUGCAAGAAGCCAUAAGAACAGAUAGAAACAAAGCGAGCUUCGAUCUCUUUUGUACUGAAAGAGAAUAAAAUAGUGAGCCAUGAAUUGUGUGGGUGUACAGAAGAAAAAGGGUGCUCGUAGUCUUGAACUGUAAGAUCUAUACCCAAUGAUGCCACUAAUGGAAGAAAAGCUGUACAGUGCAUGAUCUUCUAAUUGCAUAUGCAAAUGUAUUUGUUAGUUGUGGAGCUCAGCCGAAACAAUGAAUUUUAUCCUCUAGAGAGAGAGAGAGAGAUUAUGGUUUUAACUACACUGCCCGCUUCCCCCCAUCUUCAAAGUAAAGAGAAAUGCCAUCGAUGGCUGUUGAAAGAAAUGGUACGGAUAACACGUGGAUGUGGGCGUUAACAUGUGUGUUUUUUUGUUUUUUCUCUUUUUAUUGUUUCUUUGGACAUAUUUGACAAAGAAGAAUGAGUGAAGCAGAUUAACUCUUUUCAUGUCAAUAAAGGGUGUUUUUUUUUCUCAA